GUAAAGACGACUAACGAGAUGAACUACAGACGGUUGGCAAUUUUAUUAAUUAUUUAUCAGUGCGUUUUGUUGCGGAAUGUGCAAAGUUUAGAGGUGCCCAAACAUAUGCGUUCAGGUGCGAAAAAGUUAACAAAUUUAUGUAUUAAAGAAACUGGCGUCACCGAAGACUUGUUCAUAGAGGCGCAGGAAACUGGAAAAAUGCCUAACAAUCAGCGAUUGAAAUGCUUUAUACAUUGUGUGCUCGAUAAAAUCGGUUUGAUCGAUGCGGACAACAUAGUGCAUUUAGAUAAUCUCUUGGAAAUAUUGCCGCCUGAAUUCGUGCCGAUUGUAGAAGAGUUGCAUACAACUUGCGGUACACAAAGUGGAGCUGAUGGCUGUGAAACGGCGUUUCUAACUACCGAGUGUUAUAUUAAAACAAAUCCAGUGAUAUUGAAACUGUUAUUUACAACAUUUUCGGAAUGAUUAUGCAGUGGCAAAUAACUAAAUUCAACUAAAGUUACUUAGUUAGUUUAUGUAAAUAGAAAAUCAAUUACAAAAGUAAGAAUUACCAAAACGCACCUGUAAAGUGAAUCGUCAAUACGCAGUAAGAGUAGACAACGCACAAUACGUAAACACUCUAUUUGCACUUUAAUCAUUGCAUCCUGUAAAAAAAAAGAAAUGUUUUUGAAUUUUGUUUACAUAUACAAGUUAAAUGUGUGCGUAAAUGGUGUACAAACUUGAAUAUCUGCACGAUAGGACAAAUAAUUGAUCAAACUUUGCUUUAACUGCAAGUUCAUUAAUCUCACAGCAAUGCCAAGAUUUUGUGAUAUUAAAAUACGCAGCAGCUUCAAGCAUAAAAAUUGUGGA